AAAGUGUUUGAACACAUUCAGGUGACUUAGGCUUUGAAAACUGGAUGAGCUAAAUCCCAGGAGAAUAAGCAUUUCUUCGCAUUUUGGAAAUGGACGCAAUGAAAUCUUGAGGGUGUUUGUAGUCAGAGGGUCAGACUUUUUCCACGGCCCUGAUGCUGGCUCUGUCCAGAUGUCCGACAGCUUUGAGCUGGAGACUGUCCCUGCGCUGCUCUGCCCUCUCUCUGGGGAGCACGACCAUGAGCAGCCAGCCUCCCACCACAGCCAGACCCCACUUUCUAAGAACGCAGACUGCUCUGUUUCACCAAAGUAAAGCCAAAGCCAGUCCUGACCCAAACAAGCCCACUUCAGUGCUGUCCGGGGUGGAGGGGGAGCUGUUUGGGAUGGGAAUGUGGUCGUUGGGUUUGGGUGCUAUCGGAGCUGCACUUGCUGGUAUCUUCCUGGCAAACACUGACCUGUGUCUGCCUAAAAUGGCCCAAGCAUCACUGGAGAACCUUGAGGAGGCCGACCUGCGCUCCACCGUAGAUGAUGACAGCGUCAUCAAAGCAAAGACCCUGUGGGACAAGAACGGGGCUGUGGUCAUGGCCGUACGACGACCUGGAUGAUUUUUGUGCAGAGAGGAGGCCUCUGAGCUGUCCUCUCUGAAGCCCCAGCUGGAAGAGCUCGGGGUCCCUCUGGUUGCCGUGGUGAAGGAGAACGUCGGCACAGAGAUCCAGGACUUCAGACCGCACUUCGCUGGGGACAUCUACAUAGAUGAAAAGAAACAUUUCUAUGGCCCGCUGCAGAGGAAAAUGGGGGGUCUGGGAUUCAUUCGCCUCGGGGUGUGGCAGAACUUCAUGCGGGCCUGGAGGUCCGGUUAUCAGGGCAACAUGAACGGCGAAGGCUUCAUCCUGGGAGGGGUGUUUGUCAUCGGAGCAGGAGACCAGGGGAUUCUCCUGGAGCACCGUGAGAAGGAGUUUGGCGAUAAAGUGAAGAUUGAAGAUGUUUUAGAUGCUGUCAAGAAAAUUGUGCCAGUGAAAUAAGUUUUUUUCACUCCUAAAACCAGAUGGCAUUAGACAAAGGUACACUGUAUUUUGUUCACAACUAGAAUUGAGGGUUUGCAUUUUUAACUUGAGAUACAGUCAGUCCAUCACUGAAAUACUGAAUAUUAUAAUGACAUUUAAGUCUGUUUGCAUUGUCUAAUUUGAUCACAAUAUACCUCUGUCUUUUGCACGUUAAUUUAUAGUCGGAAAUUAGAGCUGUGAAAUUCAGGGCCGAGCCAAUAUUAUUACAGGAUUGUCACUGAUUAUUCUUUUUUACCUCUGCAGACUUGUAGAAGUUAGUGUUUUUGAGACGGGUAUUAAAAACAGGUAGUAAAGGGACUUAAGGCAGCAUUUUCAUUCAGGUACAUCAACCAUUAAAUUUAAAGUCACUUGAAAUCUGCGUUUUAAAAAACCACAUAAAUUAAUCUAAAGGUUGGAUUAUUAGGAUUAAUUAUUCUAUGAACAGUCUGUGGAACAUUUGUAAUAACAUUUCUCUGUGUUAUCAUCAUUUGCUUUUCGUGGCUUGGCACCUGAACAGAACUCCAACAUGGUGGACGAGUGUGUGUGCGGUCUGUGUGUGAUAAUGAUGACUUGACUCUAAACUCAACAUUGAGACGAUCAGGUUUGAUGCUCAAACACACACAGGCUUCACCACUGUCGUCAUGUGGCGGACUGUUGGGGCUGCCUGAAGCGUGUGUGUAGGUGUUUAUGUGUGUGAGACUGUGCGCACUUGUACAUAUGAAAAAUAGCUUCAGAAAUUCAGAGUUAUAAAUAAAAAAGACCUCAUCACCAAA